CAGUAUACUACUACUGUAUUUCUAUUUUCAAAGUGCUUUGAAAAACUUGUGUCUCACACGACAUAAAUUAUACUUCCUAUUUAGAUCCUAUAAUUGAUAACUAAUCUAACUAUAACAGUAUCGUUAGUUCAUGUCACGAUGCUGAAAGCCAAAAAGUUAGAAUCAGAAGUUGUAGAAAGACCUGAUGAUAUAACAGUCACGGCUCCAGAAAGUCAUGAAAAUUUUACUAAUAUCAAACCAUUUGAGUAUUGGAAUGAUAAAUCAGGAUCAGAUCGGAAUGCUCUAGUGAUAUUGAACCAAUCAAUUGAAGGUUGUAAUUUGUAUAAGUUAUGGCAUAAUACUGAAUUACAUGUAUGUGCGGAUGGAGGGGCAAAUAGACUAUAUGAAUACUUCAAUAAUGAUACUAAUGAUAAUAGGUCAAAGUAUAUACCUGACUAUAUAGUAGGAGAUUUAGAUUCACUAAAAGAUGAAGUAAAGAAUUAUUACGAAACUAAAGGUUCUAAAGUUAUACCUCAAAUAACGCAAUACUCUACGGACUUUACAAAGAGUAUGAACAUUAUUCAAUUAUAUUUCUUUUCCUCCGAACUGCGUCAAUCAUUGGAUUCUGUACAAGAUUUCAACAAUGGUAUAGCUGAACUGUUGGAGAAAUUCAAUGUACCAAAUAAUCAAGCUGCAAUUCGUAUAUACAUUUUGAGUGGUAUAGGUGGUAGAUUUGAUCAAACCAUUCAUUCAAUAAGUCAAUUAUAUAUCUUGAAUGAAUCAGUACCUUAUCUACAACUAUUUUUUAUCACUACAUCAGACGUCAUAUUUCUACUUAAAAAGGGUAAGAAUUAUGUAUCGUACCCUUCUAAAUCUACUUUUCAUGAUAAAUCACUGGUUCCAACAUGUGGAUUAUUACCAUUGGGAAAUAAUGAAGUUAUAUUAAGUACUUAUGGUUUAAAGUAUGAUGUAACCAAUUGGCCCAGUGAAAUGCUAGGUAACGUCAGUUCAAGUAAUGGAGUAAGUGGAGUCACAGGAUUCAUAGUAGAUGCAUCUGACCCCAUAGUAAUGAAUAUAGAAACUUCUUAUGCCAUAUAGAAUAACCCAAAUAUAGACAUUAAUAGAAUUAUAUACCAUAUAUUAAAUAAAUUCCUGUAUGUAGCCCCCAACUAAAAAAUGUUUAACCAAACAGGAAGUG